AUGCUGGAAUCAGAGUUACUUCUGGUGGCUUUGCUGGCCUUACAGAGUACAAUGACGYUGAAGUCUGCCUGGCAGCAGAGGAAUCUCUGGAGAAAGAUGCCUCCAGAACUCACCCAACUGCCCUUCAUCGGGAAUUACCUGCAGCUGGACACAAACCAGAUGUAUGACAGCCUCAUGAAGAUGAGCAAGCACUACUGCCCCGUGUUCACCAUCCACUUGGGGACUCACCAGGUCGUGGUAUUGUGUGGAUACAAUGCAGUAAAGGAGGUGCUGGUGGAUCAGGCUGAGGAGUUCAGUGGGCGAGGCCAGCAGGCCACCUUUGACCACCUCUUCAAAGGCUAUGGUGUGGCAUUCAGCAACUGGGAGCCUGCCAAGCCACUCAGGUGCUUCUGCAUUGCCAUGUUGCAGGACUUUGGUGUGAACAGGCCCAGAAUUGAGGAGUGCAUUCAGGAGAAGGCAGGCUUCCUCAUCAAAGCCCUGAAGGACACACAUGUCACCUUCAUUGACCCUACAUUCUACCUGAACAAAACAGCUGCCAACAUCAUUAGCUCUGUUAYCUUUGGGAACCACUUCAAAUAUGAAAACAAAGAAUUCCUGUCAAUCCUGCAGAAGAUGAGGUGAAUCUCAGAUUUUGCAGUCUCCUCCAAGGGACAGCUCUUUGACAUGUUCUACUCGGUGAUGAAGCACCUGCCAGGACCUCAGCAACAGGCCUUUAAGGAGCUGCAGGGCCUUGAGGACUUCAUAGCCAAGAAGGUGGAGCAGAACCAGUGCACUCUGGACCCCAACUCCCCACGGGAAUUCAUGGACUCCUUUCUCAUCCACAUGCAGGAAGAAAAGAAUAAGCCCCACACAGAGUUCCACAUGGAGAAUCUGGUGAUGACCACGUUGAGCCUCUUCUUUUGGGGUGUGGAAUCCACCAGCAGGGUCCUGUACUUCAGCUUCCUGGUGCUCACGAAGCACCCAGAGGUGAGGGUAAGGCUGGCCAAGAUCCAUAAGGAGAUUGACCAGGUGAUUGAGCCCAGAUUUGGGGAUAGGACCAAGAUGCCCUACACAGAGGCUGUGAUUCACGAGAUCCAAAGAUCUGAACCUAUGGGUGUAGCUCACAGGGUGACCAAGGACACCAUAUUUCGACACUUCCUCAUUCCAAGUCCCCUUCCUCCCCCUGCCAAGGACACUGAAGUGUUCCCUAUGCUGGGCUCCCUGCUCAAUGACCCCAAGUUCUUCUCCACACCUGAUGACUUCAACCCCCAGCACUUCCUGGAUKACAAGCGACAGCUGAAGAAGAYUGAUGCUGACGUGCCCUUUUCCAUGGGAAAGCCGAACUGCUUGGGAGAAGGCCUGGCUAGAAUGGAGCUCUUUCUCUUCCUCACCACCAUCUUGCAGAACUUCUGCUUCAAGUCCCCACAGUCRCCCCAGGACAUAGACAUCUCUCCAAAAUCCCUGAGCCUUACAAGGACUCUACCAGACUGCACCAUGAGCUUCCUGCCACGCUGA